UCCUACCAUCUCCAUCAGCUUCAACAUGCGCCUACGCCCAUCAUUACUCGCCCCGCUUCGGCGGACGGCGCCUAGAUAUGCCCGCUGCUUCGGCCACUUCACCUCUGGCGGCUCAGCCAGCGCAGCACCGGCCAUGAACAUCCCUAUGCCGUAUAUCGAAGAGACAACGGCGCAAGGACGAAGAACAUGGGACAUAUUCUCGAAAUUAUUACAAGAGCGCAUCAUCUGCGUCAAUGGCGAGAUCAACGACUACAUGUCGGCAUCUGUCGUCUCGCAGCUGCUCUGGCUAGAGUCUGACACCCCCGACAAACCGAUCACCAUGUACAUCAAUUCGCCAGGCGGAUCUGUCACGUCUGGCAUGGCCAUCUACGAUACCAUGUCAUAUAUCAAAUCGCCGGUGUCGACAGUCUGCGUGGGCGGCGCUGCAUCGAUGGCGGCUAUCCUUCUUGCCGGCGGCGAGCCUGGCAAGCGCUGCGCCCUCCCGCACAGCAGUAUCAUGAUCCAUCAACCACUGGGUGGCACCCACGGCCAGGCCUCUGACAUCCUCAUCUACGCGAAUCAGAUCCAACGUAUCCGCGAACAAUCGAAUCGUAUCAUGCGGCACCAUCUCAACACCGCCAAGGGUUUCGAACGGUAUUCCCUGGAGGAAAUCAACGACCUGAUGGAGCGGGACAAGUAUCUGUCCACCGAGGAAGCGCUCGAGCUCGGUGUCAUCGACGAGAUCUUCACCAAGAGAACUGAUAAGGACGGCCCAGAGGAGGCGGGCAAUAAGGAUCAGAGCAGGGCUGGCGAAUCCAAGGGCAGCAGCCCCGGGGAGUCCCCGUCGAAAGAAUGAAGUUGUUCCUUUUACCGUGUACCACACAUCUCUCCUCUUCAGUCUACCUAACGUUCGUGACUUCUCGGCAGGGUUCGGUAAAGCUACCCUACUGAGGCCGGUCAUUUGUGCGCAACGCUAAAGGGGUUUUGCCAUGUUGCGCUUGGACCUCAUCACCUGUAUAAUAUCUGCGGUCCGUAUGUCGCUUCAAAAUGUCAAAGAUCAUCAGCGGCAGUUGGCAAGGGCAAACGUCGUGAUAAUAAAAACAAGGAUAAUCUCACUGUGCUAGACGCGAUCCCGUCUGCGCUAGGCCAAGUGCCGAAAUCCUCCGC